GCGGUGGCCGCAGAGGUGGUGGAGAGAUGGCCUUCAGCAGCUCCCAGCCUCCCUACCUGAGCCCAGGCAUCCCCUUCUCCGGGAAAAUCCAGGGGGGUCUCCAGGAUGGACUUAAGAUCACUGUCAGUGGGACCGUUCUCUACUGCACUGGAACCAGGUUUGCCGUGAACUUUCACAGUGGCUACAGUGACAGAGACAUUGCCUUCCACUUCAACCCUCGGUUUGAGGAGGGUGGCUAUGUGGUCUGCAACACGAAGCAGAACGGGUCCUGGGGGCCAGAGGAGAGGAAGAUGCAUAUGCCCUUCCAGAUGGGGAAUCCAUUUGAGCUCUGCUUCCUGGUGGACAGCUGGGAUUUCAAGGUGAUGGUGAACGGCAACCAUUUUAUGCAGUACUCACACCGCGUGCCCUUCCACUGCGUGGACACCCUCUCCAUCACCGGGGCUGUGCAGCUGUCCUACAUCAGCUUCCAGAACACCCGAGUAAACCUUACCCAGCCUGCCUUCUCCACGGUGCAGUUCUCCCAGACUGCCUGUUGCCCACCCAGACCCAAGGGGCGAAAGCCAAAAUCUACAGGCAUUUGGCCAGUCAACUCGGCUCCCAUUACUCAAACUGUCAUCCACACCGUGCAGAGCACCCCUGGACAGCUGUUCCCUAAUCCUAUCACCCCACCUAUGGCGUACCCCACCACAACCUAUCCGAUGCCUUUCUUCACCUCCAUCCCGGGUGGGCUGUACCCCUCCAAGACCAUCUUCGUGUCGGGCACCGUCCUGCCCACUGCCCAGAGGUUCCACAUCAACCUGCGCUCCGGGAGUGACAUUGCCUUCCACCUGAACCCCCGUUUUGAUGAGAACGUCGUGGUCCGCAACACGCAGAUCAACAGCUCUUGGGGAUCUGAGGAGCGAAGCCUGUCCCGAAAAAUGCCUUUUGCCCGAGGCCGUAGCUUCUCGGUGUGGAUCACGUGUGAAGGCUACGGCCUCAAGGUAGCCGUGGAUGGUCAGCACCUGCUGGAAUACUGCCACCGCCUGAAGAACCUGCCUGCCAUCAACAACCUGGAAGUGGGGGGCGACGUCCAACUGACCCACGUGCAGACCUAGCUGGGCUCCCUGGCCCUGGGGGUGAGGGUGCGGCCAUGUUGCCUACUGCCUCUGCUCCUCACCUCCCUCUUCCCUGUCCCUCUCCCUGUCCCUGCCCCAGGCUUUCCCAGCCUGCUGAGGAGCUGGGGCUUUUCUGGAGAGAAGGUGUGUUUG